GAACGGCUGGCGGGGUCGGGCUGACUGACGGUGAAGGGUUGGGGGGUUAAGAAGUUAAAUAGUGGCGGUAAGUGGGUGCGGUAGGUGGGCUGGGGCAGUGUAAUGGGGUGGAGUGGUGUCCAUGGGUCACAUGGCGGGAGUUUUAGAGAGCUAGGGAUAAGAAGGCAGUACACCUGCUGUGGCUGCCCUGCCAUGUGACCAGGUGUGGGUAAUUUGCUAUAAUACAGAGCAGCUGGGGGGCGGGGGGGGGCUGUUAUUCACCAAAAUCCGAACUGAAACCAGAAUGGCUAAAACUAGGCUAAAGCAGCUGCUCUGGAAACAAACUUCCCACUCAGACUCUGUUAUGGCUCCAGCUUGGCUACUUUAGUCUGACCUCUUGCCAUUUGGAUUUUUAAAAUAUCGUUGUUUGUCCACCCGCUGUAAAGCGCUGCGCAAUUUGUUGGCGCUAUAUAAAUAAUAACAUAAGAAUAAUAAUAAUUUGGAGUUUAGUACACAAACACAGUAGAGUUUGAUGGGUCUGAACACUGAAGACCAAACGGGACCCCUUUGCGGAUUAGUAAAAGUAUUCUUGGGGAAAUCUUGUAUAAAUAAACAUUGUCAAAAAUAAAAAGUGUCCCUAUCUUCCAGGGUGAGGUUUCAUAUUUUUUUUCCUUAGGUGCAUAUUAAAAAGCUUCAUAAAUUUUCUUAGAGUUUAUUAUAACUUCUAAAUUUGAUAACUCUGGCAACGAUGUACACAUGACGCUUGCGGGUAUACAUCACUGCCAGAAAAAAAGCCAACCUUGCAUGCACAUGUGUACAUGUUCUAGCAAGAUUGUCAAAAGAUGUAUAGAUUAUUUUUUUUGUUUUGUGAUUCACCGGGUAAUGUUACUUUUUUUUUUUUUUUUUGGCUUAAUAGCAAAAAUAUAUGUUGUCCCCAACAAAAGAUGUCUACCGAAAACCAGGUUCCAUCAGUGAAUGCAGUAAGUGUAAACCCUGUUAUCAUGGUGUAUAGCCGCUUGUAAGAUUUGUUUUGUGGCAUUUUAAUUUAAACCUAUUUAAAUUUGAGUAAUCCUUUAUUCCUGAUCAAUCGACAUGACAAGAUUACCCCAUGGUGUUACCCCUCCUCCAACAGCAGAAAUGACAACAAACAGAAUUCUGAAAUCCAUGCAAAUAGAGCUGCUCCCAUCAGACAGUUUUUCUUUCACAGCUGUUAAAAAGGGUCCUCUUUUAGCAGGCCAAUAGUUUUGUCCAUAAGGGGUGGGUGGGGAUAUAAACAUAAAUUACAUUACCAAGAUGGUAAAAGAACUAGGAAGUUCUUGGGACUCAACUCUGUGUUUGAUGUCCCUUCUUUUGUUGACUAAUAUUCUCUGAUACGUAGUGUUUCUAGUUGUAGAUAUAUAAAAUCCUAAAUACUGUAUAUAUCAUAAUAAUUAAUAGUUUCUUUGCAGGUACCUGAGAUAUUAUUUGACUCUGUACUUUUGUGUUAUCUCUUUGUGUGUGUUUGUAUAUUUCCAGUUGCGUAGCACUGCCACUUUAAUGAAACUCCUGUAGUAUUUGGUAUACUUGUUAUCUUUACACAGGUAAUGCUGGCAGGGUUUACCGCCAUAACAUCUUAAAAUAUUUCUGGACUCUAGUGCUAAUUAUUUUUAUCGUCACUUCUAUGUAUACUAAUUAAAGAAUUUUGUGUUCUGAACUUUAUGCUGUGAGAGGAGGAGCUAACUCAUUAGUUAAUGCUGCCAUAUUGAUUGAUGAGGAAGAGAAAAUAGCAAUAAGUAUAUGCUUAAAUGUUUAUAUUGCCUAAAUUAUUUGCAUGUAUAAUGCUAAUGUAUCACCUAAAAAUCCUUUACACAAUAAGCGGGCCAACAAUAAUUAAGCUUGCCCUGCAAAACAAUUCUAGAUUUUCUUUAUUUUGCAGAUAUUACAUAUACAUUUAAGCAAGAAAGCUUGCAAACAAAUGCAUAUUUUUUUCUUCUUCUGCUGUAACCCCCAAUUUUUUCUUUCUAUUAGGCUUAUCCUAAAUAUGUUGAAAGAACGCCAUUGCGUGACCUUACAGCCCUAAAUAUUGCUACACCUGACCAAAGGAUUACACGAUCUUCUUCCAAGAAAAUAUCCAGCCAUUCUGCUUUUGAAAGCAAUCAACAUUUAAAGGUAAAUCCUGUACCAGUUCUGCACAUUCUGAAAAUUCCAUGUAAACCUGAUUUAUUCAUGCUGUGAUAUUUAUACUUUUGAGUAUACUCAAUGAGUGUUCUGUAAAUCAUCACUGUUACAUUUGAGGUUAUCAUAACCAUAUAACACAAUUAGAAGCUAUAUAGGAAACCGAUACAGUGUACAUUUUUUCCCUCUCCUUAACCCUCAAACAAUUUUUCCUAUUAUUAGGCUCAUCUUAAAUCUGUUGAACGAACCCCACUGCAGGACCUUUCAGCUCUUAAUAUUGCUACACCUGAUCAAAGGAUUACACGAUCUUCUUCCAAGAAAAUAUCCAGCCAUCAUGCUUUUGAAAGCAAUCCACAUGUAAAGGUAAAGCCUUACCAGUUUUGCACAUUGCGAAUUUGAAAAAUUCAUGCAAACCUGAUUAUUCAUUCUGUAAUGUUUAUACUUGUUCUGAGUUUACUCAAAAGCAUUAUAUGAAGCAGCACUUAAUAGACUCACCAGAACAACUACAUUAAAGGGAAACUAUAGUGCCAGGAAAACAGUUUUUUUAUUUUUUCUCCUGGUAGUAUAGCUCCCUGUAGUGCAACCCCUACCUUGUGGGUUUAAAACCCUUUCUGCCACUUACUUUAUUCUAGAAUGGAUGUCCCUUGGUGCUAGUUCAGACUCUGCCCCUGCUCCUCCCCCACCGACACCAACCGGCAGGGGGACCUAAUGCACAUGCAAUAGGUGCCUUAUUUACUGGCGGUAGGAGUACAGGAUUUAUGUUGGUUAGUGGAGGAAUGGCGUGUUCACGAGUGCCAUUUCUCAAUGAAGUAGCAGUGUAUGUUCAAGAAGGCAGCUGGCUCCUCUCUUUGCUUUAUGUCCUCUACAAUUCUUCCUAUUAUUAGGCUCCUCCUAAAUCUGUUGAACGAACGCCCCUCAUAGCUCUAAAUAUAGCUACACCUGACCAAAGGAUUACACGAUCUUCUUCCAAGAAAAUAUCCAGCCAUUCUGCUUUUGAAAGCAAUCAACAUCUAAAGGUAAAUGCACUCUUCUGCACAUUCCAUAUGUCAAAACUCCUUUAAAACCAUAUUAAUGCAUGCUGUGAUCAUACUUGUUAAAAAAAUAUACUCAAUGACGGGGUCUUAUAAAGCUGCACUGUUACAUUUGAGUUUAUCAUAAAGAUAUAACACAUUUAGAAGCUGUAUAGGAAACUGAUACAUCAUACAUUUUUUUCCCCCCCUCUCCUUAACCUCCGAACAAUUCUUCCUAUUAUUAGGCUCAUCCUAGAUCUCUUGAACGAACGCCCCUGCAGGACCGUACAGCUCUAAUUAUUGCUACACCUGAUGAAAGGAUUACACGAUCUUCUUCCAAGAAAAUAUCCAGCCAUUCUGAUUUUGAAAGCAAUCAACGUCUAAAGGUAAAUGCACUCUUCUGCACAUUCCAUAUGUCAAAAAUCCAUUAAAACCUUAUUAAUUCAUGUUGUGAUGGUCAUACUUGUUAAAACUAUACUCAAUGACAGGGUCUUAUAAAACAGCACUGUUACAUUUGAGUUUAUCAUAAAUCUAUAACCCAUUUAGAAGCAAUAUAGGAAACUGAUACAUCAUAAAUUGUAUUUCCUGCUCCAACCCCCGAACAAUUCUUUCUAUUAUUAGGCUCAUAGAUCUGUUGAACGAACACCACUGCAGGACCUUACAGCUCUUAAUAUUGCUACACCUGACCAAAGGAUUACACGAUCUUCUUCUAAGAAAAUAUCCAGCCAUUCUGCUUUUGAAAGCAAUCAACAUUUAGAGGUAAAACCUAUACCAUUUCUGCACAUUCCAAAAGUGAAAAAUCCAUGCAAACCUGAUUUAUUCAUGCCGUGAUGCUCAUAUGAUUACUCAAUGACCGUGUCCUAUAAAGCAGCACUGUUACAUUGGAGCUUAUCAUAACGAGAGACUCAAAACGUCACCACAAUAAGAAGCUAAAUAUAAAACUCAUACAUUUUUUUUUUUUUUUUUUUCGGUCUCUCCCCCUCAAACAAUUCAAAUUUUUAGGUUCAUCAAAAAUCUGUUGAACGAACGGCGCUGCAGGAUCUUAAAGCUCGAAAUAUUGCUACACCUGAUCAAAGGAUUACACGAUCUUCUAUUAAGAAAAUAUCCAGCCAUUCUGUUUUUGAAAGCAAUCAACAUUUAGAGGUAAAACCUAUACCAUUUCUGCAUAUUCCAAAAGUGAAAAAUCCAUGCAAAACUGAUUUAUUCAUGCCGUGAUGCUCAUAUGAUUACUCAAUGACCAUGUCCUGUAAAGCAGCAGUGUUACAUUGGAGCUUAUCAUAACGAGAGAUUCAAACAGUCACCACAAUAAGAAGCUAAAUAUAAAACUCAUACAUUUUUUUUUUUUUUUUUGGUCUUCCCAAACAAUUCACAUUUUUAGGUUCAUCAAAAAUCUGUUGAACGAACGCCGCUGCAGGAUCUUACAGCUCUAAAUAUUGCUACACCUGAUCAAAGGAUUACACGAUCUUCUUCCAAGAAAAUAUCCAGCCAUUCUGCUUUUGAAAGCAAGCAACAUUUAAAGGUAAAGCUUGUACCAGUUCUGCACAAUCCGAAUGUGAAAUAUGGAUUGAAAUCUUAUUUAUUCAUGCUGUGAUGUUCAUACUUUUUCUGAGUACACUCAAUGACAGUGUCAUACAAAGCAGUACUUUUACAUUUGAGUUUAUCAUAAAGAUAGAAUCCAAACUAUGCACUGAGGUUGUUGAUUCGUGAAAUGCUCUAAAACAAUGUUGCCCUGUCCAUCACUUGGUCUAGGGGGACAAAAAAACAAAAUGGACUCACUUCUCGCCAGAACCUUGCGGCACAGACAGAGACACCCCCAGAUAAUCAAGAUCAAGGAUGCGAAUGAAUCCUUGAUAAUGUCUGAAGUAGACAUUGCUCAAGUCUUCAGACUAUUAUCACACCCAAAGAGAUCCUGCGGGUAGGGAGGAGUGGCUAUAUUUUCCAAAUUAGACUUGCCGAGGUUUAAUGAUGAAACCAUUGGGACCAUGAAGGGCAAGAUCUUGUGUGAAGAAAUAGAGAACGCAAUAUCUUUACUGAAAGGCAAUAAGGCCCUGGGUCUAGAUGGUUUUGACAGACAGUGCUAUAAGACCUUCCAAAAGGAUUUGGUACCCCACAUGGAAUCUUGGUUCAAUGAUCUAAUGCGAGGUUGACCUCCAGAUCGAGAAAUGUCAGUAGCUAACAUCGCAUUACUCCCAAAGCCUGGAAAAGUUUACUCCUUGUCUCAAAAUUAUAGGCCCAUGUAGUUAUUAAUAAACCAUGACACGAAAACUCUACCAAAAUCUUGGGAAAGAUUAAAUCUCUUCUUGCUGUGCCUUUUAAAAGCAGAUGAAGUAGGAUUUAUUCCCGGUAGCCAACUGUUCCUUUUAUACCAGGCACAAAGUGGACAUUAUUUGGAGGGAGGUGGCGACUAAAACGCCAUUAUUGAUCCUGUUGGUGGACACCUAAAAAGCAUUUAACAGGAUUAAAUGACCUUACCUAUUUGAACUUGUAUCUCAUUUAGGGUUCCUGGAAUCAUAUGCAGAGGCAAUUAGGGCUAUGCAUACAGAUGUCAAGGUGCAAAUUAAAAUGUAAGGCGCUCUAAGUACGCCUUUUAAGUUAAACAAUGGUACCAGACAAGGAUUUCCACUUUCGCCACUACUUUUCGUAUUGGCCCUAGAACUGCUACUACAAGCCAUGCGAGACCAUGAAGAUAUUCAUGGCGUAACAGUAGGAGGACAGCAGUUUCUAGUGUCAGACUAUGUCCUCUUCACAUUAACACAUCCAAGAGAAUCUAUGGGGGCCCUAGCAGAGGUAUUAGACUAAUUUAAUGCUCUAUUGGGAUACAAGGUCAAUCUCGGUAUGUGAAGCACACUACCCCUGGAUCUCUUGGCGGCGGACACAGCAUUCGUUGGUGAUAACUAUCACAUUCAGAUUACCAAUACAGCCAUGAAAUAUUUAGGUGUUUAACGGCAGACCCCUCAACAUUGUACCACCAAAAUGAGUCCAAUGUUCAAGACCCUGAUAUAAGAAAUGGAAAGACAGGUUGACAAGCCUAUAUCAUGGAUGGUAGUGUACACUCUGUGAAGAUGAAUAUCCUCCCUUAUAUAUUCUGUUCCAAGCUCUGCCGAUUCCAAUCACCAAGUUGGGUCUAGCCCACAUUCAAAAAUAAAUAGAUGCCUUUAUAUGGAAAAACGAGCUACACAGAGUGUCUCUUAAAGGACCACUAUAGGCACCCAGACCACUUCAGCUUAAUGAAGUGGUCUGGGUGCCAGGUCAAUCUAGGGUUAACCCUGCCUGCUGUAAACAUAGCAGUUUCAGAGAAACUGCUAUGUUUACAUAUGGGUUAAUCAAGCCUCUAGUGGCUUUCUCAUUGACAGCCGCAAGAGGUGCUUCCGCGCUUCUCACUGUGAUUUUUCACAUUGAGAAGACGCCAGCGUCCAUAGGAAAGCAUUGUGAAUUCUUUCCUAUGGACUGGCUGAAUGCGUGCGCAGCUCUUGACACGCAUGUGCAUUCAGCCGAUAACGUCGGAAGGAGGAGGAGAGUCCCCAGCGCCGAGGGAGCCCAGUGCUGGAGAAAGGUGAGUGUUUAACCCCUUCCUUCCCCUUCAGCCCAGCGGGAGUGGGACCCUGAGGGUGGGGGCACCCUUAGGGCACUAUAGUGCCAGGAAACCGAGUUUGUUCUCCUGGCACUAUAGUGGUCCUUUAAUAUUCUAUAUCGCCCCAAAUUAGCAGGUGGCUUAGGGUUACCAAAUUUAUUUUAAAAUAUAGCAUCCUAGUUGUCUCAGAUUGCAAUCUGGCAUAUGCCUCUUCAUGAAAGAAGGUGUGUGAACUUGGAGUCCCUGACUAAUAUAUGCAAUAGUCUAAAUAAUGAUGCAAUGGCAAGUUAUUUAUCUGAAAUACAAAAAACUUGUUCUAACUUCUUCCCUUUCAUGUAUGAUUCCAUUUAUGAGGAAUAGGGCUUUUCCCCCGGGAAUAAGAGACCAUGAUUUUAAAGGUAUAUAACAUACGAGGCUACAAAGAAUAUGCCAUCUAUAUGAGGGUGAGAACGUUAUAGCAUUAGAAGAAUUAGCAGAUAGAAGAGCAUUAAAGCCCACUGACUUCUUCAAAUAUAUUCAAAUAAGAAACUUUGUAAAUAAAAAACAUAUUAAGGAAGCGGCACAUAAGCAGCUGGCGUUCUAUGAAAGGAUGUGUUUUAAUGAAUCCUUCCAGAGAGUCUUCAUCACCUCACUAUAUACUCUUAUAGGCUUUAGUACUUUAGGGUUUGGCAAGUUGCCCUAUACUGACCUAGGAAUGAACAGACUGGAAAGACAUUUGGGAAGCUAAGAAAAAAAAAUACUUCAGUAUGCGUUUUGUUACAAGAACAGACCUACAAGACAAUGUUUUGUUGGUAUACUACUCCGGUCAAAAUGUAUCUUAUACCAGACAACCGUUGCUGGCAGGGAUGUGGUCACAGAGGCAUAUAUAUUCAUAUGUGGUGGGGAAUGCCUUUUGUAGGGAAAUUAGCCUGAUCGCUGACCCAACUCUUUUCUUCUGCUGGUAACCCCUAGCCCAUACUUCUGGUGAAUCUUCCUGGAUGUAUUGUUAGGACCACUUGCUCCACCUUGCAGACAUUCCAACAAGCAUCAGGCAAUUCCACAAAUUGGAUAUAUGGCGGAGAUAUGGUCACUGAGACACACGCAUUCAUAUGUGGUGGGAAUGCUUAAAAGUAUAGACCUUUUUUGUAGAAAACUUGGGGACCUAUUCGCAGGAAUAUUUCAAAGAAGGGUAAAGUUCGACUCAUGGGUCUUCCUGUUAUCUAGGCCACAAGAUGGCUGUACAAAAACAGAACAAAAACUCCCACAUAAAUUGGUGAUGACUGCUAGACGGGCCCUAGUCCAAAGCUAGUUGAGACCGGAAAACCCCUACUUUAUAUAUAGUUAUACAAAAAAAUUAUAAACCUACUUUAUGGAAUAAUUGACGGCUCAGGUCAGAGACACGAAUAAGAUGUUAGAUCUCUGCUUUCCUGCCCCGAUGGCUGACCCAACUUUUUUCUCCCACCUCUCUUUUGUACACAUAACCUUUUGCGGAGUAGACACAUGUAUUACAUUUAUUUUGUGCUACGGAAAAACACAUGCUUUAUUGUAACAACUGUACGUUGUGAUAAAAAGUGCCAUACCUUGAUGAUUGUACUACUGCAAAUAUUCUUUGGCUGCUGCUGCAUGUUGUAUCAUUUGCCAUAGCAAAAAUAAAGAAUUUAAAAAACAAAAUAAAGAUAGAAUACAAAUUUCAAAACAGUUAGAAGUUAUAAAUAAAACUGAUACACCAUACAUUUUUUCCCCUCCUGUCUCAUCACCCAAACAAUUCUUCUGUAUGAACAUCACAGCACUCUUACAUUUGAGUUUGUUAUAAAGAUUGAUUCCAAAUUUCUACACAUUUUGAACCUAUAUAGGCAACCAAUGUCUUUUUUUUUUUUUUUUUUCUUGCCUUACCCCCCAAAAUUUUUUCUAUUAGGCUCAUCAUAAAUCUGAUGAACUAACACCAUGCCUGGACCUUGAAGCUCUAAAUAUUGCUACACCUGAUCAAAGGAUUACUCGAUCUUCUUCCAAGAAAAUAUCUAGCCAUUCUGCUUUUGAAAGCAAUCAACAUUUAAAGGUAAAGCUUGUACCAGUCCUGCACAUUCCGAAUAUGAAAAAUCCAUGCAAACCUAAUUUAGUCAUGCUGCGGUGUGUAUACUCAAUGACCGUGUCCUAUAAAGCAGCAGUGUUAAGUUUGAGUUUAUCAUAAAUAAUAGCAUUCAAAUGUCAACACAAUUAGAAGCUAUAUAUGAUAUUGAUACAUCACACCUUUUUUUUUUUUUUCUCCUGUUUCACCCCCAAAAAUUCUAAUUUUUAGGAUCAUCAUAAAUCUGUUGCACGACCACCACUGCAGGACCUUACAGCUCUAAAUAUUGCUACACCCAACCAAAGGAUUACUCGAUCUUCUUCCAAGAAAAUAUCCAGCCAUGAUGCUUUUGAAAGCAAUCCACAUUUAAAGGUAAACAAUAAAGUGUCGACAACCUUUUGGCACUCCAGAUGUUAUGGGCUACAUCUCCCAUUAUGCUAUUAUAGCAAUAAUGCUGACACAGCAUCAAGGGCGAUGUUGUCCACAUCUGGAAUGCGGAAAGUUGCCUACCUCUGGACUAUACCAUUUAAGAAUGGGAAAAGUCAAUUAAAACCGUAAUUAUUCAUGCUGUGCUGUUCAUAUGGGUUCAAAAUAUACUGUAUGACAGGGUCAUAUAAAGCAACAAUAAGUUUGUCAUGGGGGGGUGGGUCCUGACAGCCAAGAUGGCCGGACGUGCUCUCUGAGAGCUCUAGCACCAGCAGGCACAGUCACGAUAUUCCUGGCUAAUCUAACAAAGCCAGCAACACAUGGAGCCCAAAAACCAGUGCAGGGCCACACGGGGAAUAGAAUGACACCCGACUUGCACCGAUACACACUACGAGCACGUGAACCGGCCACGCGGCCUAAACUGGAGCGGAACACGAGGCCUGGGGGAGGCUGCCGAUCCCCCGGCACGAGACCUGCUCCCAAGCGAAAUUCGAUGACUGCCCCGCUAUCCCCCUCCCCCCCAUGGACCGGCGGGGGAUAUCUCAGUCCUCGCUGGGGACGACUACCCCCACAACACUGCUCCAACAAGCGACCAGACACACACCCGAGUGGGACUAUGGGGGCCCAGCCAAGAUGGCGGCACAGGUGAGACCGGCGCCGAAAAGCACCCUCACCAAGCCACCCGAACACACCCUGGUAUUUUCUGACUGGCUCUGUAACCAUCUAUGGACUAAACUCCGUAUCAGAGGCCGGUCCCUCCACCUGGCAUUAAGAGAAAUGGCGGCAUGAGUUCGCCCAGCUACCCGGCGCCACCUCUGCAGACACAUACUUCGAGCCCCCAGAACGGCCUCUGGCCAGAGAUGGGAUCGGAGAUCAAAACGACAGGAGAUGGCGACGUAUCCCUCCAACACCGGCAGUCAGCCACACGUAUACCAGAACGAGAAAACCAAGCCCGUCCGACACACUCACCACUCAGAGGCACCGGAACCUUACGACCACCGAAGCGCAACCCCACACUCGAAGACACGCACAGACAACUGUAGAGCCAACCGGUAUAGGGCACAGCUUCCUACCAGCAAGUAUUCCCUGUUCCACUGCCUCCCACGUCAACAUGUCGACCUCAUAAGCUAAUGUGCACUGUGGAUCAGAGCUCUACCCAAAGCAGGCAUUGGGUAAACUAGGACACUUUGACUGAGCUGUACAGCAUCCAUGCCCCCCCUGAUUUACCACUUUGAGCUCCAACAAGCGAUGGGACCAGGACGUUAUAUGGUACAUUGGGACAUCACCCACAAAGGAGCAUUGUUACAAGCUGAUGUUAUCCGGUAUUUGCUUUUCAUCACUUUUUUCUCUUGAACUCUAGCCUGCCCUACCUGGACAUAUUGCUUUAUUAAUAGGGGUGUCCUCAUACAUAUUCUGCUUUAUGCUUCUUAAAAGGGGUUUAGGGUACUCAAUCCUAUUAAUUACUCACGCUGUGACCCCCAACCGAGUGACACUAUCACUACACACGAGGGAUAGAUUGCUCAACAUGUUUAACUCCUAUCACUCUUAAGUUCUAGCGUUUUGUUUUUAAAUUGCUCGUCAAGCUUACUCUCAUAGCUAUUUUAACUAAGCCUGUGACCCUACAACCUUACAGUAAAGUCAGAAUGUAUAUUUGAAAUAGCAUUUAGUAACUGAAGCGUUGAUUUAACUUUUGCAUCCUGAUUACUUACUUUAAAAAUGUGCAAUGCCUUUAAUGCCAUAUUAAUGUUUUUCUUAUGUAUACAGUCCAGUUUGCUCCAGCUGUUGUGGCACAGCAAACAUGCUUGUUAACCAUAUGCACAAAUAAAGAAUAAAAAAAAAAAAAAGUUUGUCAUAAAGAUAGAACCUAAAUUCCAACAUACUCAAAAGAUAUAUAUGAAAAAGUUUAGGAACUACUUUGGGGGUUAUGUAUAAAAGUUUUAAAAAUGAGAAUUUCUAUGGACUUCACCUGUUUUACAUACUUGUAAGUCCAUUUCAGAAUACACCACUAUUAUAUGUAAACCCCUAUGUAUCAUGUGAGUCAGUUGGCAAAGUGUGGAUGGAACAGCAGAUCAUUGGCUCUGGCAUCUUAGUGUGUGAUGCCCAGAAAGCAAUCUGUGGUGGAUCACAUGGUCCUACGGGAUCUUCCAUAGAAUGCUGUAUUGCACUCUCAUGCAUGUCUGAGAGCACCCAAGAGAUGCAACUCCUUUUCAGGAUCUGAAGAGAAACAUGGCCGAAACUUCAUCAGUGACUACAAAGCUGCUUGUAGGAGAGGUCAGCUUCAGAGUGUUUCUGCUGCUUAUAUAAUAUAUAAAUUGAAAGGAACACUGUGCUUUGCUUUAGUUUGGUUUUAUGCUAAUUAAUGGAGCUAAAGUUCAUACAUUACAUAUUUUUCACACUGCAAAUUAAACACAUUAAUAAAAUAUUACUGACAUAGUAAAUAUGGCUGUUACUUACAAAUAAUAGUAAAGUGCUUAAAGGCACUGUAUAGUCACCAAAACAACGUUGGCUUAAUGAAGUAGUUGUAGUGUAUUGAUCAUGCAUCCACAGUAUCACUGCUCAAUUCUGUCAUUUAGGAGUUGGAUCACUCACCCUAGACACACCACCCCUGGUUGUGACUCCCACAGCCUGCAUGAAAACAAAUGGUUUCACACUCAAUCAGAUAUACUUUAAUUUAAAAGUUUUUAUCUCCUGCUCUGUAAAUUGAACUUUAGUUACAUCAAGGAAACUCCUACAUGGUCUAGCAACCUGUUAACAGAGCAGGAGAUAAGACAUUCUAAAGUAAACAGAAUUUACAAAAAAGGAAGUGUAAACAUUAGAUUACUCUUUACAGUAGGUAUUUAGGAAGACUGUGCAAGUCCCAUGCAUGGAGGUGUGCCUAAAUGGCAGAGAAUUGAACAGUGAAACUGCAGGGGCAUGAGCUAUGCACCAAAAUGUCUUCAUUAAAGGGACACUAUAGUCACCUGAACAACUUUAGCUUAAUAAAGCAGUUUUGGUGUAUAGAACAUGCCCCUGCAGCCUCACUGCUCAAUCCUCUGCCAUUUAGGAGUUAAAUCCCUUUGUUUAUGAAUCCUAGUCACACCUCCCUGCAUGUGACUUGCACAGCCUUCCAUAAACACUUCCUGUAAAGAGAGCCCUAUUUAGGCUUUCUUUAUUGCAAGUUCUGUUUAAUUAAGAUUUUCUUAUCCCCUGCUAUGUUAAUAGCUUGCUAGACCCUGCAAGAGCCUCCUGUAUGUGAUUAAAGUUCAAUUUAGAGAUUGAGAUACAAUUAUUUAAGGUAAAUUACAUCUGUUUGAAAGUGAAACCAGUUUUUUUCAUGCAGGCUCUGUCAAUCAUAGCCAGGGGAGGUGUGGCUAGGGCUGCAUAAACAGAAACAAAAUGAUUUAACUCCUAAAUGACAGUGAAUUGAGCAGUGAAAUUGCAGGUGAAUGAUCUAUACACUAGAACUGCUUUAUUUAGCUAAAGUAAUUUAGGUGACUAUAGUGCUCCUUUAAGCUAAAGUUGUUUUGGUGGCUAUGGUAUCCCUUUAAUGAAGCAGUUUUCUUGUAUAGAUUAUGCACCUGCUGUCUCACUGCUCAAUUCUAUGCCAUUGAGGAGUUAAAUCAUUUUGUUUAUACAGUCCUAGUCACACAUCCCUGCAUGUAACUUACACAGCUUUCCUAGACACAUCCAUUAUUGCACAGUCUAUAUAAUUUAGAAAUUCUUAUCUCUUGCAGUUAAUGGUCUGCUAGACCUUGCAGAAGCCUCCUGUGUGUGAUUUAUAAGGUCAAUUUACAGAACAGAAGAUAAUCAAAUAUAAAAAAAGAGUUAAGAUUUGAUUGAAAAUGUAAGCAUUUUUUAUUCCAUGCAGGCUGUGUGCGUUAUAGCCGGGGGAGGUGUGGGUAGGGCUGCAUAAACAAAUUGAUUUAACUCCUAAAUUGCAGAGGAUUGAGUAGUGAGACUGCAGGGGCAUGACCUACACACCAGAACUGUUUCGUUAUGGUGACUAUACUAAUCCCUUUAAAGCGGCACUGUGAUGCCAAACUUGCCUUUUCCCAAUCUCCUCCUCUUCACUUCCUCUCUCAGGAUCUGUUCUUCUUUUUUUUUUCCUAUCUGCUCUAGUUUUCUUUAAAAUAUAAGACAAAAUAGGGACUAUUUUGACCCCCACUAGUUAAUAGAUCGCCCACCAUGGGCUAUUCAUUAGAAGGGGGGGUGGGGGCUUUUUAAAAAUUGUUUUUACAACAGUGAACAGACACUAUUUGUAUUAAAAUCCUGCUUUAGAACAUGCUAUCUAAUUUUUAACACUAUGAUUUUUCUACAUCUAUAAUUCUGAAAUAUCACCUGGGGAAAAAAAAAAUAACUACAUAAUUCUAAAGUCCAGUUUUUGGUAACAAAAUAGUAAAAAUCUGAUUUUUUUUUUUUCCAAAACUAUAAAUUUUCUUAGGUAUUUCGCAAUUGUUAUUUUUAGGCAAGAACACAAAAAAACAAAUGCUUAAUACAUUUUCCCAGAUCGUAAGUGGCAGUAUGACCAAAUAGUUAGCUCCCCUCUUCACGUUCAAAACACUUAGCCUGAAAUAUUUUUAUGAAGACUUAGAACCUAGACUCCAGGUCAACCAGGAUAUACCUGUCUUUCAAUAGAUUUAGAUGGGAACCUUGCACGUGAGUUUUUUUUUUUUUUUUCUUCACAUAUCACUAAAAUAAUUCUUCCUGUUAGACACUUCAUAAAGCUGAUGAACGAACAUCCCUUGAGGAUCUUACAGCUCCUGAUGUUGCUACAUCUGAACAAAGAAUUACAAGAUCUUCCCAGAAAGCAUUCAGUCUUCAUGCUUCCGGUCAACAUUUAAAGGUAAAGCCGAUACUUGUUCUGCUGAUUCAUAAAGCGAAAUUGCAUGCAAACUAUAUUUAUUCAUACUUUUUCGGAGUUUACUCCGUGAUGCUAUUAUUAAUGCUGGUCUCUUCUCUAUUCUCAACAGAGAUUACAAAAUAAAAUCUAAUAAAGGCUAUUAAAAAUUAGUUACCACCUGGGUAAAACCUUGCUGAUUUUACCAGCAGCUGCUGUCUUUUAAAGUCUAAAACCUAUCCUGCUACAUGAAAACAGACCAGAUUAAAGUGACAACUGCAUCCAACAGCCAAUUUUUCUUCCUAUUAAUACAAUCAUUUUAAAACAAUAAUAAAGCAUGGGGGGCCCCCUGUAACACAGUAAUACCAUUCAAAGACUCAAUGAGUGGCACAGUCCCCUUUGGCCUGGUGGAGGGUAUUAAUGGGACUUAAAGAUGUCUACUAAGACACGCUACUAUAAUGCCCUAAAAUUAAAUCCAGGCAGUAUAUAGUUAUUAACGGCUCCUGUUAUACUCUUGAUGAGCCAUUAAGAGUAAGCGUGUCAGUGCCAUCUCACUGCUCAAUUCGCUUCAAUUCAAUGUACUUUGUGCACCCUAGUCGCACCUCCCUGCAUGUGACUUGCACAGCCUUCCUAAACACUUCCUGUAAAGUGAGAUUUAAUGUUUACACUUCCUUUACUACAAAUUCUAUUUAAUUUACAAAUUAUCCUGAAGUGGGUCUCAUAUUCUACAAUACCAUGUUUUAAGGAAAAUCGAUUUUAUGAUGAAUUUAUUAGGAAUAUGUUUCCUACUUCCUAUAAUGUGAAUCAUGUUUUUUUUUUUUUUGUUUUUUUUAAUUUUUUUAUUGUGAUAUAUAUUUAUUUUUUCUCAUUGUGUGAUAUCCAUUGUUUUUUUUUUUUUUUUUUUUACAUAGGAAUCUUCAUACAGUAAUACAAGUACUCCUGUCAAUGUUUGUAAGGACUCUUUGGUUACUUCGACAGACUGUAUAAAAAGGAAGACUAAUAAACUGUUACCAUGUUCUCUUUUUGAGUCCCGAUUUGAAAAAUGUAAUCUAGAAUCCCCUUCUUCUAAUCUGGCAAGUAAAGAGCAUUCCAGUCAGCCUAGCCCAAAUCUGCAACUCUCAGAGAAUGUAUCUUCUUCAUCUGAAAUGAAAGCACUUCCUGUUCCUGAUGUAAAAGCUAACAGGUCAAUGGAAGGGAAGACUUCUACUGAACUGGAACUUGAAGAAAGCCAAGACUUAGGGAAUCCUGAAUCUAAAACCGAUAAGCUUCAAAAUGAUGCUGUUCACUCAUCAGUACUUUACAUUAAGGAAUGUUUAGCUAAUAGGAAUGAAAAUCUUACAACUGUUUCCAGAGUUCAUGUACCUGUGAUGGAAGAUCAGUGCAGAGCAUUAUGUAUUGUAAACCAUACAUGUGAAUCAUAUGCCCCAGAAAACGAAAAUUUAGUUACUUCAAACCAUAGAAGUCAAUCUUUAAAGGUGUCUGAUGAUUUACUUAGUAUGCAUGGUAAAAUCUGUGAUAGCACCUCUGUAGAAACGAGUCUUGUAAAUCUGUGCCCAUCUCUAUCAACAAAUGAAUGUCCCUCAAUUGCUGAAGAACUUGAGUUAAUAGUUGACUCUGACCAGUUGCACGAUGGUCUAGCUGAUGGCACAUAUGAAAUUGAACCCGUUCUUAAUGUUAGAACAGAGCAGAUGUUUAAACAAGCCACUGUGUCGCCCUGCCCGGGAGAAAGUAAUGUAAUUGCUACAGAUGAAGAGAUGCUCCUGUUUGAGUCAGCCAAUGUUUUUUUCAAUGAGACUUCUGAUCUUCCAGAUUUGUUGCAAUCUGAAACUGAACUGUACCAAAUCUUGACACAGUGUGUUUCAUGUUUUUCACCUGAAAGUCUAACUGAUAAACCUCCGAAUAUGGAUAAAAUUCCUAAUGACCAAGAUGAUGAUCCUUCAAAAAUCUCCAUAACUUUGGAUCCCGAGAAUAUCACCGAUAAAUCUAAUUUUGUAAACUUCUCAGUAACAAGCAAGAAUGCAGAGCAGAACACUGUAGCAGAGUCGACUUGCAAGGGCUUGUCUUCGGAUAGCUGCUUUCUUCAGACCGAGGAAAUGCUAGCUGACCAUGACAUGUACAGUAAUGAAUUUACAGACGUUUAUGCUUCUCUUAUGGAAGACCAUAUUCCAGAUCCUGUUUCAUCGACAGCGAGUGGUUUGAAAGCACGAUCUGUAAAACAUUGUGACCAUGAUUACAUUUCUGUAACUGCUGUUGAUAAGACUGACACACCUCAUCUCUGUAGACCGCUUUGGCCAUUAUUAAAUGCUAGUAGUUCUGCAUUCAAGGAGAACAGAGGAGGUAUGGAUCUGUACUCCUCCACUAAUGCAAGACACAGCUGUGCUCCUCCAAUAAUGCAGCUACAUCAAACAUUGCACAGUGUUCCAGUGUCCAGUAUAAGCACAUGCAGCAAACCUGUUCCAACUUUAGAGAGCUCUCCACUGGAAUGUGGGACAUCCAUAACACCAAUAACACAAUCAAGUAAUGCUACAUGGACUACACCCAUUAUGUUGCUCAACAAAAGUGUUAACACCUCGCAGCAUUGUUCUGGAAAAGACUGUGCCUCAGAGACAGACUCCCUUCUUUGGAAGUAGGUUCUGCAGUGUUGUCUAUGUUUUUAUUUUCGUUCUUUUUCUACUGUCUGAAUUUUUGCUGCAUUUUGGGGAUUAAUUUAUUUUCUGUUCCACCGUUUCUAGCUUUUCCCGGAGCUCGCUAUGUGAGACAUCGCGAGAGGAACUGAUUAAUCGAUUAGAGAACAGUUCAAUUGUGAUCCAAAUUCUCUCCAGUCAGCUUCAGGAAUGGAAAAAUAAUGGUGGAUCUCUAAGACCUUUGGAACAAAAAGACUCUUCAACACAGACCUGUGCUACUUCUACCACUGCAGUAAGUAGGUAGAGUGUAGACUAAUUUUAGCAAAGAACGGUAUAAAUAAUGUUUAGUAAAUCAAGGUGCAACAUGUUUAAUAGACGGUGAGUGUAAGCUAAUAAUGAUCCAGCUAGCGUUGGUCCAGAAAAAUAGUGUUCGGAGAUAGGAUACAAUAUCUGAAAUAACCUUACAUAAUCAUGUUAAAAAUGAGGACAGCAAAUAAAAAUAAAUGUGAGUGCAAACAUGUAAAAUAUAUUAAAAAUAGCUAUCUAUUGACUGUGAAUAGUGCCGUCAUGUAGAUGGUCAAUAAAGAGAAGGAGAUUAAAGAAAUAUAUAAAAUAGGAAAAAACCUAGAUACUCCUAAAAAGUCCUCCAAAAUUAAAUCCUGCUACUUCAGGGAGGGAGAAUUAACCAGAAGAAUUGAAACAGGGGGAUAGAAGUAAUAAAGUAGGUAUAGAUGGCUAGUGUUAAUCCCACUUGUCUAGCAAGGGCUUACGCUUAGUGUAAAAUAGAAUCAGUACCUCAAAGUCUUACCACAACAGGGGUAUCUGCAUGUCCCUAGAAAUGCUAAAAGAUACAGAAAAGAAAGACAGUGCAGAGAGGUACAAAAGCACUUGUAAAUAUAGACUCAAGACGUGGAAACCCAAGAGACAGAGAACUGUCCAGAGCAACUACCUUUCAAAGACUUCUCAUUUUGCUGUAUUGGGAAAUCUGUGAUUGGACAGCCACAGAAAGUCUGGGCGGGGUUUGAAGGGGAGGACUUGCAUAUGAUUCAGACAAUAGAACACAAGCUUUUGCAAGUUGUUUUUGCACAUUUUUAUUAGUAGUAUAUCUACUAAACAAUGAAUUAUUGAGUGAUCUAAAGAUAGCCUUCUAUUUACGAUGCAUUAUAAUUCAAAGGUUUAUUCAGCAUUAAAUAUUGUAUGAAUAUACUGAUAUAGAUUAGUUUAGUUUAACAGUUAUAUCAGAACUUAUUUUAUGUUUAAAAAUCAUGAUUUAAAUAAUUAUUUACUGACUAGUGAUUGAAAUUGACUUGAUUUAAAUCAAAUCCAUCCUGUUGCAUUUACACUGCUCAGCCUGCAGGGACCGUUUACAUUGAGCUAUAAUGGUUUUGGUGUCUCUAAUGUCCCUUUAAUAACAAACCAUAUAACAAUGUUAGAUAUAAACUGAGGUUUUCCCCAGGACCAAGGGGCCACUGUCCUCUCAUUCUUGUAUUGAUAAUGCAGAAUUCAAGGAACACUAUAGCGUCAGAAACACAAACAUGUAUUCCUGUUUGUGCUACACUCGAGAAAAACUGAGGGUUUAACGGUUAUACCUGCAAACCUUUCAAGUUUAUCUAUUUCUCUUGGUGAUUUCUUUAUGUGUGGUGGGUGUAUAGGAGUACCCACGGAGUGUUUUUAGCAGCUACAUUUCAUUUUUCCACCAUAUUCUAAUAGCGCCACUUUUCCACACCUUGUUUGUAAAUCUAAUGUAUUCCUGACCCUAUAAUGUUAAAACCAUCAUCUAGCCCCCUGGACUAGACAUAUGCAAUUCGUUUCGGUCCGAAUUAAAAUUCGGCUGAAUUUCGGGUAAUUCGGACAUUCGGGUGCUUCUGAAUAGCUGAAUUGCCGAAAUUACCGAAUUUCCGAAGUGUAGUAGUGCCGAAGUUCCGAAGCACAGUAUUGCCCAAGUACUAAUAUACUUACCCAGUGAAAGAAGACAAAUGUUACAUUGUAUACAAUUUUAAAUAAAAAUUAUACAAACAUAGCCAGGAUUCAGCUGUAAGUGUUUGCAAUAUAACAAUCAAGUAACAUACAUUCAUAUAAAAUGUAAAUUACUUGGCCAGUCAUGUAAUGACAGGAAUGAAUAAGUAGAUAACUCCCUAAUUCCCACGGUAUUGGGGAGCUAUCUAUUAAAAGGCUGAAAGACCUAAAUUGGUCUUUCAGCCAAAUUUACUAAUUUAGGUCUUUCAGCCUUUUGGUAGCUAACUCCCUAAUACCGUGGGAAUUAGCGAGUUAUCUACCAAGCGGCUGCAAGAGAAGUCCCGAAUUUUGGAAUGCCGAGCCGAAUAUUUUCCCCAUGCACAUGCCUACCCUGGACCUCACUUGCCCCCCUAAAUAUAGCAAAAUCUUACUUUUAUUUGCAGUCUGCUGCUGUUGGCUCUGCCCCUGAUCUGCCUGUUUGGCUGACAUCAUCAGAAGUGGUGGUCUGAGUCAAUCACAAUGCUUUCCCAUAGGAUUGGCUGAGAUUGUCAAGGAAACAGAUCGGGGCAGAGCAAGUUUAAACACAGCCAUUGCCAAUCAGCAUCUCCUCAUAGAGAUGCAUUGAAUGGGGAAAGUUCCGGGUCUCCAUGCAGAGGGUGAAGACCGUGAAUGGCAGUUCUGCACUGCCCCAGGAGUGGCUAUUUGAGGUAUCCCUAGGCUGUAAUGUAAAUACUGAAUUUUCUCUGAAAAGACUGUUUUCUGGAUUCUACUAACCAGAACAAAUACAUUAAGCUGUAGUUGUUCUGGUGACUAUAGUGUCCUUUUAACAUAUUUGCAUUAUCAGUGUCAGUUAUGUUCAACCUGGACAACAUUGAUUCUCUAACUUGCUCCAGCAUGCUCAGUCAAUCAAGGUUAACCUGAUUGGAUAAAACUGGCAUUAAUAAUUCAGAUGUUUUGGUUUAAUACAUCAAUGUGGCUAACAUGGGAAUUAGCAAUUCCCUCAGUGCUUCAGUAGAAAGCUGGUAUUUGAACUACAAUUCCCUGCUAGUAUACAGAGCGAAUACAAGUAAGUUUUGAUCGAAGCCUAUACCUGCUAUGUCUUUGUAAGCUAUGGGCCAUGUCCUUUACGUGUUUACGGUUUUAAUUUCCCUUUAGGAUGAACAAUAUUAUCACAACCUGUACUUAAAUUCAAUGGAAAGUCUUCAAUGCAUGCAACGCACUCAAGAGGAAAAGACAGAUCUCUUUCAAACUCAGGGGGAAGCUGUGCAGGCCCCGGUAACCGAACACUAUGGGACAGGGGAGGGAGGGAGAACAGAACACUAUGGGACAGGGGAGGGAGGGAGAACAGAACACUAUGGGACAGGGGAGGGAGGGAGAACAGAACACUAUGGGACAGGGGAGGGAGGGAGAACAGAACACUAUAUGGGACAGGGGAGGGAGGGAGAACAGAACACUAUGGGACAGGGGAGGGAGGGAGAACAGAACACUAUGGGACAGGGGAGGGAGAACAGAACACUAUGGGACAGGGGAGGGGGGAGAAAAGAAUACUAUGGGACAGGGGAGAAAAGAAUACUAUGGGACGGGGAAGGGGGGAACACUAUGGGACUUGGGAGAACACUAAAAAAAGAGGGAGGGAGGAGAGGAACAUUAAGGGGAGCACUAAAAGAGAAGGGAGAAGGAAAGUUUUUUUUUUUUUUUUUCAUAUUUAAUUAAAUUAAUUAAAAAGUCUAAUAUGAAUACAAUUAUAGGGAAAAAAAAUUUAAACUCAUUUGGGGGGCGGGGUGGGAAGUCGGUUUCGGUUUUCGGCCAAGGGCAUCCUGAAUUUUUGGUUUCAGUUUCGGCCUAUAAUUUUCAUUUCGGUGCAUCCCUAGUAAGCACUAAUCUUAGAACCCCUAAACUGCAAAAAAAUUGUUUUUGAUGAACUGAAUAUCUCCUUAUGUCAAGUUAGGCCAAGAGACAUCUAUGCUCUAGUGUGUGUAACACAUGGAUUUAGAACUCUAAAGCCAUCUUCAUUUAAACCUUUUCUCAGUACUGACCCACAAGUGUCAAAAUGAAAAAAACUGAUUGUAUGUUAAAACAAGGAUAUACAUUUAAAUUCUAGCCUUUUUCUGGGUCCUGUGGACAGUUCUGAAAAAAUACUAAUUGAAACCCUUAUGUGGAUUCCAUUCACCAUUAACAUAGUCUCUUUUUAUAUUCCAGGAAUUGGACAAGACCCAGUUCUCUUCCAUAACUGAGUUUGCUGAGAUGUUGCAUGAGAUAACACAAAUGGUCAAUACGGACUUGGUGAGCUGCCCCUUUCUUUGAACUGAAUUACUAAUUUAAAAUCUUUUUUCGUAAGGUGUGUUUAGCCCUGCAAUGUAAAUUGUUGUGUGAAGUGGUCUGGAUGCCUACAGUGUCCUUUAGAAUUUUAUUUUAAAUGGACACUAUAGUCACAGUUUCUACUGCUUGUCCCUGCAAGCUUUUUAAUGUAAACCCUGGCUUUUCAGAGAAAAUUGAGUAUUUAUAUUGCUGCCUAGAAACAUCUCCAGUGGCAGUCACUCAUACAGCCCCUGUGUCAGUGCUGCACAGUGUCAGUGUGCAGCACUGAAGUUCAGCAUCUCCAAGCAUGGCAACUCUGAACAUUCCUCAUAGAGAUGCAUUGGUUCAUAGCAUCUCUAUGAGGAGAUUCUGAUUGACGCAGCUUUUGCUGCGCAUACGUAAUACCACCUAAUGCUUUCCUAUGGUAAAGCAUUGGAUUGGCUGAGAUUGUCAAUUCUGAUGUCUGUUUGAGAAGGCGGAGGCAGCGCCGGCAGACCCACGCAGCUCUGUAAUAAAGGUGUUUUCUUUUUAAUGGGGAGAAGUGGUUGGGCCCUGGGACUAAAGUAAGAUUUUAAUACUAUAGGGUCAGAAAUACACAUUUUUCAAGAAGUGUGGAGAACAGCUCGUAAUAUUGCAAAGUUUAGUCUAAAAUAAAUAAAUUUUCCAACUUGGCUAUUUUGGCCUGCAAUUUCCAGUCCUGCUGAAUCCUUAAAUAUAUAUACCGGUAUUCAUUUGGUUUCUAUGGUUUUGUGACUGAUCUUUGCUUCUGGUGAUAAACCUUCUGAAUUAUACAAUAGAGCUUUAAAGAGACAUAGAAACAUAGAAACAUAGAAACAUAGAAUGUGACGGCAGAUAAGAACCAUUCGGCCCAUCUAGUCUGCCCAAUUUUCUAAAUACUUUCAUUAGUCCCUAGUCUUAUCUUAUAGUUAGGAUAGCCUUAUGCCUAUCCCACGCAUGCUUAAACUCCUUUACUGUGUUAACCUCUACCACUUCAGCUGGAAGGCUAUUCCAUGCAUCCACUACCCUCUCAGUAAAGUAAUACUUCCUGAUAUUAUUUUUAAACCUUUGUCCCUCUAAUUUAAGACUAUGUCCUCUUGUUGUGGUAGUUUUUCUUCUUUUAAAUAUAGUCUCCUCCUUUACUGUGUUGAUUCCCUUUAUAUAUUUAAAUGUUUCUAUCAUAUCCCCCCUGUCUCGUCUUUCCUCCAAGCUAUACAUGUUAAGAUCCUUUAACCUUUCCUGGUAAGUUUUAUCCCGCAAUCCAUGAACCAGUUUAGUAGCCCUUCUCUGAACCCUCUCUAAGGUAUCAAUAUCCUUCUGAAGAUACGGUCUCCAGUACUGUGUACAAUACUCCAAGUGAGGUCUCACCAGUGUUCUGUACAAUGGCAUGAGCACUUCCCUCUUUCUACUGCUAAUACCUCUCCCUAUACAACCAAGCAUUCUGCUAGCAUUUCCUGCUGCUCUAUUACAUUGUCUGCCUACCUUUAAGUCAUCAGAAAUAAUCACCCCUAAAUCCCUUUCCUCAUAUGUUGAGGUUAGAACUCUAUCAAAUAUUCUGUACUCUGCCCUUGGGUUUUUACGUCCAAGAUGCAUUAUCUUGCACUUAUCCACAUUAAAUGUCAGUUGCCACAAUUCUGACCAUUUUUCUAGUUUACCUAAAUCAUUUGUCAUUUGGCUUAUCCCUCCUGGAACAUCAACCCUGUUACAUAUCUUAGUAUCAUCAGCAAAAAGACAUACCUUACCAUCAAGACCUUCUGCAAUAUCACUAAUAAAAAUAUUAAAGAGAAUGGGUCCAAGUACAGAUCCCUGAGGUACCCCACUGGUGACAAGUCCAAGCUUCGAAUAUAUUCCAUUAACUACAACCCUCUGUUGCCUGUCACUCAGCCACUGCCUUACCCAUUCAACAAUAUUUGAAUCCAAACUUAAAGAUUGCAGUUUAUUGAUAAGCCUUCUAUGUGCAACAGUGUCAAAAGCCUUACUGAAAUCUAGGUAAGCAAUGUCUACUGCACCACCCUGAUCUAUAAUUUUAGUUACCCAAUCAAAAAAAUCAAUAAGAUUUGUUUGGCAUGAUCUCCCUGAAGUAAACCCAUGUUGUCUCUGAUCUUGAAAUCCAUGUGUUUUUAGAUGUUCAUCAAUCCUAUCCUUUAACAUGGUUUCCAUCACUUUCCCCACUACUGAAGUAAGGCUUACUGGCCUAUAGUUGCCCGACUCCUCCCUAUUACCUUUCUUGUAAAUGGGCACAACAUUCGCUAACUUCCAAUCUUCUGGGACUACUCCUGUUAACAAUGAUUGGUUAAAUAAAUCUGUUAAUGGUUUUGCUAGUACACCACUAAGCUCUUUUAAUAGCUUUGGGUGUAUUCCAUCAGGUCCCAUUGACUUAUUUGUCUUUACUUUUGACAGUUGAAAUAGAACCUCUUCCUCUGUAAACUCACGUGUAAUAAAUGACUCAUUUAUCCUUUUUCUCAACUGAGGUCCCUUUCCUUCAUUUUCUUCUGUAAAUACAGAACAAAAAUAUUCAUUGAGGCAGUCAGCCUGACCUUUAUCCUCUUCUACAUACCUUCCUUCUUUUGUUUUUAAUCUAACUAAUCCUUGUUUUACUUUUCUUUUCUCAUUUAUGUAUCUAAAAAAUGUUUUAUCCCCCUUUUUAGGGGACACUGUAUAUACAAAAGCCACCACCGCUACGUUAGUGAUAUUGAUUCCCAGAUGCUUUACAUCUGUCAGUCAUUGUGAGUUUAGCAGAUGGCAAUCAAUCAGACAGCCACUAGAGGCAAUUCUUACGAAAGACUUUACAAAAGGUAAAAUCUUAAUGUUUGGCAUCAUGAUGACACCGAGCUCAGUGAAAUUUCCUCAUGGAAAAGCAUUGUAAUAAGAAGAAUCCUAUUUGAGGAGCUUUGGAUUUGCCUGAGAUUGCCAGAGUGAUCAUCUCAGAAGAAUGUGGAGCCGGUGGUCUUGUAGUUUAUGAUGAUGUUUCCAGUACUCUUCAAUGGCAUUAUUUUCCAUAAUUCACUGUUUACUACCAUGCAUCCUAUUUAUAAAUGAAUGCAUGUGUAUAUGUGUAUAUGUGCAGUGUGCCAACCUUGCUAAUCUGAGUUUAUUCAGAAGAAUAUAUUUCUACAGUGUGACUCAUGUGGUGUACAUAAAACUAUACCCUGCUCUUGCCUUUAUUUUUUUAUUUAUCUUUAUUUAUUUAUUAGAUAGGCCAAUUAAGGGUCCUCCUAGCUGAUCACAUGACAUUCUUGAGUAAGGUGAAAGAGAAGAUGCAAUCUAUCGUGUUUGAAAGGGAAGAAGAAAUGAAAGCCAAUUUAGAAAAGGAUCUGUGUGCCAAAGAAACGGUAAUUGUUCUCUAUUCUUUAUUGAAAAGCUAUAUUAAAUAUUUUAAUUGUCUCCAUGCUGCACAUUGUUAAAGGGACACUAUAGUCAUCCAAGCAAAUUAAGCUUAAUGAAGACGUUUUGGUUUAUAGAUCAUGCCCAUCCAGUCUCACUGCUCAAUUCACUCCCAGACUAUUCACUCUGUGAAAUCAGACUAUUAACAGAGCAGGGAAUAAGAAAUUCUAAAUUAAACAGAAUAUGCAAUAAAGUAAUUUAAACAUUAGAUUAAAGCUUAGCCCAAGCAGCAGUCAAAUGGUAUGUAGUUCCCAAUUCCUCACAGGACUAGCAUUGAAAAGUUUACAAAAAUGCAGUCUCCACCCCCCUUUCUCCUCUCACAUAAAGGGCCACUCCACCCGGAGCUCCCCAGUAUUUGACUGUCCUCAAGACAGGUCAGAUCAGAUUUGUGCCUACCCUUGGAAGAAUAGGUGAAGCUACUUUUUCUGUGUUUUGGACAGGCAUGGUGAGGGGGCUGCGGCUCCUGGAGGGCUCUGGCUGGCGUUUGUGAAGGAUUGCUUGGCCUUCAAUUAUUAUAGGCUAUGGAACACACAAAGGGCUCCUGUGUUUCACUCCUUCAUCACAUCCGCCCAAUCCAUGCCUGGUGACGGAAGAGGUACAGGUGCGUCUGUACGCACAGCUGGGAGGCUCCAUAUGUGGAAAAAACACUGAGGUGUUGUUGCAUUUCACUUACGGAUCGCAGAGUGCUAGGCACGUGCAGAAAGCAAUCUUAACGCCUGGCUCCAAUUUUUCAUCUGGAGCCUGUCAGGAUAUUUAAACCAGCAGUAACUAUCUGGCUCCGUGUGUGUGUGUCAGAUUAGUUACCAGUGUGCUCUCACCAGCCCUCCAGCACACCGGAGGCCUUUUAAGGUAAGACAACCGUAACAGUCUCUUUGUUUUCUAAAUGAGUUAAUUUUUGCCUAUGUGACUGUUGGAUGCAAUCCACAUUAGCCUCUGUGUGUGCCACCAUUUUGUCCUACAAACAGCGAGGCAAUUAGGCAAGGUUGUUGGUACACCAAUUCCGUAUAGCCUCUUUAUCCAUAUAGAAGGUGCAAGGACAGUUAAAAAGAGGUAUUUAAGGUAAGUUUGUGUUCCAGCAAGCUUGACCCAAAUUUUAGGCUAUUUCCAAGACUGGCAGAAAAUGGUUUAAUGAGGUAAAAUCACUUUAACCCUUGAGAGUAUAACUCCUAUAACACGUGAGAUGCAGCAUCAAGACAGGAGUUGUUAGACUAAGUAUUUACCAUCAUGAAAAUUAUCUAAAUUUUGGACCUAGUUUUUUCAACUAAUGAAAAGCUUAUCUAAAAUUGAAUUCCAGGGCUUUUAUGGAUGAAAUGUUCCCCUGGUUUUAUCAGGGUUAAAUAGUUAAGUUCAAAGACAAUUAAGUUACACCCACCUGCAUUUAUUGAUUCCCUAUUAAACAUUUCUGAUCUAUCAGAUUCUGGUUAGGUGAAAAGUAAGGGUUCUGGUACUUGGUCAUUAGGUUGUCUUGUUUCUUUUAGCUCCCCCCUCCCCCCUUGUUUUUCUUUUCUACAGUGACCGUUAUCAAGUAACCCUCUGAGCAUUCAAACAGCAGCUUUUGACAAUAGUUGUAGUUUCUCUCUUGUAGCGAUAAAAAAAAAAAAAAAGAAACCCAUUUGAUCACUUUUUUCAGUUUUUAUAAGCUUCUGUUCUGUCUGAUACACAUUAUUUCAGUUGUUGUAUGUGUAUUGUCUAUUUUUUUUAUCUUGGGAUAAGUUGGACGGAGGCCCCUUUUCUUGGCUAUUUAUGUGACUUUAUUUAAUCUGCCCUUUUCUAUAUUUUGACCAGGAUCUAUAUGAUUACAAUCGUCUUUUAUCUAGGUUUACAUAUUCGAAUAUAAAGAUAACAAUAUCUGCAUGUGUAUUCCUGUCUGGUAUGAAAUCCAGACUUGCUGGUAUUAGAAAAGCACAGCUUUCUCUUUUACUCUAUGUCCAAAGUGAGCAUUAGUUUCACUAGAUUCUUUUAAUAACCUUCACUCACUCUCCCUGGGUCAUGUCAAAUUUAUAGCAUUAUCAUUCAACAUGACUAUGGAUUUUCUUGGGUUGGUAAUUGAAUUGGAAACAGUCAGCCAACUUCUAUGGGCUGAAAUGAAAAUAUUUUUAAAUUUUCAGUUUGUAUUCUUUAAGAGGUUAAUUGGUAUGUUACCAAACCAGGUGUCAAUGACUUUGAGCAUUAGUUCCCUCCCUUUUUACUAUAGACCAAAAUUUAACCUAUAUUAGUUUCACUAGAUUCGGUUUUUACCUCCCCAGUUUAUUAAAAUACCUGAUCUUACACCACAGGGGUCUGUUGCUUAGCCCAGCAGGGCCAGAUUAAUAUAGGUGUUAUUGGAGUAGCAACUCAAUGCCUAUGGUUUAAAAUAAGCUCAAAUGGCCACAAUAUAUAUGGACAGUUUUAUUUAUUUAUGCAUUUCUUUGUUUUCAUUCUGUAAUUAGUUGCUCCAAUUACAGUGUUGAUCCAAUCAAAUGUCUUUAUCAGUUUUCCACUAGUCAGCGAGAUAGUGGCACCUCAGUCACUCCUGAAGCAGUACAUACAUUGUGUAGACUAGCAAUUGGUUUGAUUAUAGUAGACUGUUUAUAGCACUUGUUUUUUAUUAAUUUAUUUUUUCAUAUAGAUAAGUAUGUCUGUAUAAGUGACAAAAUCCACUAAACACAUUAAAGAACCCCAGUGAAAAUAUGAAUAACGAGCAAUUGCCCUUCUGUAUUCUUAAAAACUUGAGAGAAUAUAGAAUUUCUCCAAAACUUGGUGUUGUCUGUAUAGGUGCUUAUUUCCAUUUAAAUGAACAUGUUGUAUGUCACAUUUGGAUUUUGAGCUCCGGAGAAGCUUAUUACUAACUGUGUGUAUUUUCUGCUACUGUUGCUUUAACAUGUAAAGCAACUUAAGGUAUUUGUCUUGUUAAAUCCUUCUGACAGCUAAUGUUUCUUGCAUGCAGGUGGACCAGCGUUUGAAAGAUCUUGAGACUCAUUACUCCACGAUCAUUGCUCAGAUGCAGGAGGACGUGGAAUCUGGGAAGCAGCUUAAUGAGGCUAUCACACAGGCCUAUGAGCAACAGGUAAAAGUUUGUAACUUUGGUGUAGUUUACUAAUUUGUACUUUGUGGUUGCAUUGUGUUUUGCAUAUUUCAGGAAAACCCAUCAAAUUGUUACCAUAUAGAUUUCCCCUCCUCCACCCUCUUUUAGUUUGAUAAUGUUACUGACUGAGCAACCAAGCCAUGUACAUUGUAUGUGUAUCUACACAAAAUUCAAAGACUGACCAGUUCACUUUAAUGAAGUAUUUAGUUGGUUGACUUUAUUUGUGUUUUAUCCUUUUAGCGUUCUUGUAAUGCAGAAUUGGGGAAUUUGUCUCAGGCAUUUCAGUCUGUUUGUGAACAAAUUGAAGAUGGUCAAACCCAGUUGCAGUUACAGGUAAUAAAUACUUCUCAUUCUUGGGAGACUUUCAUCCAUGUUGCUUAUUGCUAAUUUUCAUAUUUUCUAUCUCAUUUUUCUUUUAAGAUUUCCGAUGCCAGGGAACUGAUAUCUCAUCAUUACCAGCUACUGGAAGCUAUGAAGACAAGAAUUCAAACCACUCUCCAGAAGUAUGAAGUAAUGAAGAGUGAGAGGGACAUAGCCUACGAGGAAAAUGAAGGCGUGAGUAUUGAUGGAUUGGAAGCGUAUGUCAAUAUAAGAAAAUAAAAGAUUAAAUGUAAUAUCAAUUUAACAUAGCUGUCUCUAAUGAAUAAUAGACGUGCGUAAUGUGAGGAGAUAUACUACGCUUAGGAACCUAAAAGAUAAUGAGGAAACUUUUAGUUGCUUGUUAAAUAGGAAGCACGUAGGCUUUCUGUUUAACAACCCGUGCCUUAAGUCCACUAAUCCCUCCACUAGUCCUGUGAGCGACCCUUUCACAGAGAUCCCCUUGGGGAUGUAUUUGGCAGAUUGGAAAACUGGAAAGAGAAGCAAUAUAAAACCUCCAGUCCAAAUGUGGGAGGGGGGGGGAACUAGGCACACUUCAGUUACCUUGAUAUUUAGCUUUCUCCAAGCCAGUAGAUUGGACAUUUCUCCCAUCCACAAACAAGAUUUGCAAAUACCCUUCAAAACUAUGCAAUCAGGGUUAAAUAACCUCAAGCAAGGGUGGCCGGUUACUUAAGUAGUGGAUCAGCUCCUGUUAGGACUUUGCCAUAUGAUAGCCCAAAAUUACCUCAGGCACAUUAUCACUUCUAUGGAGGAGCUGCAAAGCAGUGUGCCUAUCUAGCUGGGCAGUCAGGCAUCCCCCCCUGACGUAUUGGUGGGGAAAAGCAGGUAAAAGCUUACUCCAAGCACCAUGACCACAGUGAUUUUUAGUGCUCAUACUGCCUAGAGUAUGUGUGUGCAACAUUUUGCUAUGAAAUGUCAUUAGCCAGCCUGGAACAAGAAGCGCCAGUGAUAUCUGCCCAUGUUCUCCCCUCAACCCAUCCUUCCUAGUGUCCUGUUGUGAGAGUGUGACUUCCAAUAUGAGGAUGUGGUGGCAGGGAAAACUUGGCUUGGCACUGGAAUGGAGGUAAGUUGGGGGAUUGUGCUCAAACAGCAGCCCAAAUGUUACUCUAACCAAAAUCAGUUUUCUGGUUGAAGUAACUGUUUUUAAGACUUUUUACUUGCCUCUUACUCUUCCUCCACAGUGCUGCCGAUUUUCCUCAGUUCCUUGUUGUCAAACCGUUUUAGUACAGUUUAAGAAUUUAACCACCGGGCCCCUGUGCUGCAUCCAGUCUUCUCCAGCAAGAGACGCAAUAUUGCUCUUAAAAGUAAAGCAAUUUCAGUGCAAUACUGCGCUCACUGGCUGAUUGCUCUGUUAAUUGCCUAUUUGCAAUGUGCUACCCUAUUGGUGCAUAUAACUUGCCAAAUAUUUCAGUAAUUUAGCUAUGUAGAUUUGUUGGAACAUACAAUGUAAUGGUGUAUUAAUUUAUUUUCCUCUUGUUUGUAGUUGUGCAUUCAAGUGAAUGAACUGAAAUUUCAGAAUGACCAGUUGCAAAGUGAGACUUCUCAUGUAACCUCAGGUUUGUGGAUUUCUUAUUUAUUUAGUAUUUCAGAUUAAAGAUUUAAAGUUCUAUAAAUUGCACAGGUUUCACUCGUGGUGGCCCUCAAAUUACCUUUAAUGAAACUAUCCUAACUAAACUAAACAAGUGGCUCUGUUGAAAUUGCAUCAUUUUUUAUUUAUUUAUUUAUAUAUAUAUUUUUAAACAAUGUUUAACUAAAAACAUAAAGUGCCAGCAAUCAGUAAGAACCGCAAGGACUCUUAUGUUGAGGUCCAUUAUUCACUGAAGAGGAAAUGCUUUUUUUUUUUUUCAAAUGGUGGAACACAAGUGGAAGCAGGGAAAGGAUUAAUGGCUGAUGGGUCCCAGGCUGUUCAGCACUGCACCCCUCCAUUCCCUGUGUCGUCUAUCUUUGUUCAUAUAUGCAAAAAUAUCAGUAUUUUAAUUUUCCCACAUUACUGGGGUUGAAGUGUCUCCUUUGACAUAACGCUUGUUAAAUCUACUAAUUGAUUAUAUACAUCUUACCUGGAGGCGGAGACCUCAUGCCAGCCUCCCUAAGACCAGAAGCCCUCAAAAGGUGGAAACUUAUAGAACUGUUUUUCAUUUUUAUUUAUAUUUUGUCUGCGCUUGUCACUUAUUAAAUGCUGAAUAUACUAUGUGCAUAAAUGCAAAUCUGUGUUUGCUGGAAAUCUUUCUACUAAACUGAUUUACAAUUCUCAACCAUGGAUAUAGACAUUAUUUGUGCAAAGCAUAUUUUUGAUAACUGCACCACUUUAUUUAGAAAACUUCUCUAAAGUUUUGAGUACAGUCACUUGUUUGUUAAACACCAAAAUAAACUUGGAAUUGAAUGCAAAAUGUAAUAUGGUUGUUUUAAUAGAAAACUAGCACUUGCUAAAGGAAUAAGUAAGCACACAUACUGUCGUUGCAGUGUCAGAGAACCUCUUCUAGAAUGGUUCUUCUAUUCUCUUUUAUCUGUCUGUUGUCAGCAUUAGAGGUAUAGGUCCUCAACAUGGCACUCUAUGCUGAGAACUGAUUGACAGAUUUGUUUAUAUGCAUAUAUUUAUGUGUAAAAUAUAAAACAUAAGAGGCCUUUAUGGAAUAUACAAUUUUAAUCACUUUUUUAUAAGGGGUAAUUUAGUAGAGAAUGGAUUCCCAUAUAAGACGUUAUAAAUAACUUUAAAAUGUAUUUUAGGAAAGAGGUUACUAUAAACCCCUUUAAGAGCUAUCUCAUAUGAGAUACAAUCAAAUCAUAAAGGCUUUUUACGUGCAAUUUUUGGAUAAAUUAAUUGUUUUAAUGGAGAUGUUGAACCCUGACGGAGAAAAAAAAAAAACUGGACUUUGAAAAUGAGAGCCUCUCUAAAAAAGUCACGUGACGCUCGUGAUGGAUGGAGCGCGUCACGUGACAUUCGCGUUCCACAGAUGGAACGCAGGGACCGCAAACCGGAAGAGGAAGGUGAAUUAAAGAUACUGAUGCUGUGGAACACAUUACGUGAUGCGUGCGUUCCACAGGUGGAACGCAGGAAUCAGGAAGAGGAAGUGAAAGUGAACCUCUAGCCACUGGGGACGCCGGAAGGGAUGAAGAGAACCGCCAAAAGCGAGUGUAUUAAAAUGGACCACCAGGAGACUACAAUCAGCAACUGAGGAAGCCUCAUUUUGAGGCGAAACGCGUUUUGCAAACAACCAUAAGGACUACCUUCAGACUGUAAGGUUUUUUAUUCACUUUUAAUGAUUUUAUUAAUUUUGUGUGCACUUUAUUGAAUAAAGCACUUUAUUGUUAUAUACCACUCUGAGAAGAGAUCCUGUUAUUGGAAUAUCCAAGAUUAAAACAAGAAUGGAGUGGGCCCCUAAAGUACCCACAGUGCUUCUACUUUUGAGCCCAUCCAGAGGCUCUAUGUUUGUGAGUGCUUUGGUAGUAUUGCACUAUUUCUUUUUCCCUAUUUGUGUUCAAACCUAGGGAAUUACAAAAGGACAUUAUUUUGUUGAAAAUCAUAUUUGGAAGAACUUCUACUUAUGUACUCCGCCUUAUAUUGUAUGUAUACUAGUGGAGGAACCACUCUAUAAUAUUUUUGUUAUGGAAAAAAUAGUAAAUGUUUAUAUUUGCUAUUAAUUCUGCAACCCCAGGGAUGUGUUUUUUUUUUUUUUUUUUUUUUUAAAUGUUCUUCACCUCAAGCAACUACCAGAUGGUAUUAAAACAACAAAAGUGAAGCGAAAUCUGUAACACAGUGUGUGGUACUGGUUAUGUUGCUUAGCUUUCCUUUCAAAGACCAACACUAGAUAAGGUUUAAUAUAACAUAUUUAAUAAUGAAUAUUAGUCUAAAGUAGUGAUCGUUAAAUCAUUGCACAUGUCUGUGGAUUAUAUUUCGCAUUCCGCUCAGCCAGGCCUUUUAUGCUGCCUGAGUCUCAUUGUGCUUCACAAACAAUGUAGUGCCAAGUUUCACGAUCACUGGGGAAAAGUUAUAUAAUUACUUACCAAUACAGUCAAUACUAUGUUUUGGACAAUAAUUGUUCUAAAUGUACUUUAUUCUCUAGAGUUAAAAUCCCUGAUGGAACAUUUAUGUGAAGUGAAAUCUGAAAAUGAUCAGUUAAAACAAGACCAUUCUGGACUGAUGGAAGAGCUAUUCGCAAAGAAUUCAUCUCUGAAACAGCUGGAGCUGGAAUUUAAAGAGACAACUGCUCGGUAA